GAGGGGAAGGGAGAGGUGGGGAGGGCUGGGAGGAAAGGCAGGUAGGAGGGGUCAAGGAUACAGAGUGCCUGCUGUAUCCAUGACGUGGACAGCUGCUUCUGGUUGUAUUUUAAAUGAAAUCGCAUCCCACUGUAGACACCACGUCUGGAAUUAGGACCCACCCUGUGAUCUGUCACUUCUCCAUACACACACGAAGGAGUGGAGCAGUCUCCACAGAGAGGAAACAAUACAAGAAAAGGAGCCGGCGACCCCAGCAGAGACAGAAGUUCAGGGGGAUGUUCCCAGGGCAGACCUGGUCCUGAAGCUGCACCUGCCUCACUGAGCAUCUCCACUCCGGAGUCCAUUCUCGGGGAGAGAUGCGUGUGCCAGCCCACUUCCUGCUGCUGCUGCUGCUUCUCCAAGGGGCCCCCAGGAUGAGUCUGUCCCAUAAGUUCUCCAAAGCCGAGUCCAUCUUCUGCUGUAUCAACACGGCCCUGUCUGAGGCCAAGAAGAACCAGCUGGAGGAUAUACCCCUGCUGAGCAAGAGAGGCUUCCCCUACCUACCCAGCCAGGACCCAUCCUCAGAUGAGGACAAAGAAAAGGAUGAGGAGGGAGAAAACAAGAAGAAAAGGGCCUUCUCUGCUCCCAGGGGCAGUGGUGGAGCUGGGAGCUCUCGGUACAAGUACUUAUCCCAAGCACAGCUCAAAGGGAAGGUGUACCAGAACAAGGCCAAGAGUGACCGGCGCACCAAGUUCACUCUAUCCCUUGAUGUCCCCACUAAUGUCAUGAAUGUCCUCUUAAACAUUGCCAAGGCCAAGAACUUGAGAGCCAAGGCAGCUGCCAAUGCCCAUCUGAUGGCACAGAUUGGACGAAAGAAGUAGAAUUGAGGACAGCAAGGCAGCCCAUUAAGGACAAGGAUGGAGAUCAGGUGGAGGGUAAGAGUUUGCCCACCCAACUGGCUUUUAUUUUGUGGGCAGUCCAGUUUUACAGGCUGCCUCACUGCUCAACCCCUCUGAUCCUUUCCUAGCUCCAGCCCAGCUUUCUCGGUACAAUACACAGGCAUGCAGAAUUGUCCCAACUUCACAGAUACAAAGCUAUUAAGGCCUCUCCCUAUGUUCUGUGUCUCUUUUUCUCUUUCCCCACACUUCUCCCCGAAGAUCCCAGGCCUGAGAAGAGAGCACCUAGGGCUCCUCUCUUCACACAGCAACCCCAGCCAAGGCUGGAAGAUUAAGAGACACACUGAUUACCAUCCUGCCACUAGAU